AUGGAUCGAAUUCUCAAAUUGGUGCUCCCCAUUUUGAUCUUUCUCAUCCUUCCUAUGUCAAAUUCAGAAGAUAUAAAUGUCAUGCAGGCACUGGUGCAAUUCAUGGAGAAACUUUCAGCAGGGAAUUCGCAGAACGAUCAGAAUUGGGGUUGGAACGUCAGCUCGGAUCCCUGCAAUGGCAAUGUCAAUUUCAAUGGCACAUGGAAAGGUGUGGACUGCAUGGGAUCCCAAAAUGUUAAGAAGAUUGUUCUUAAUAAGUUGAAAUUAACAGGAACUUUUGAUGCAGCUUCUCUAUGCAAGGCAAAUUCUCUUCUUGUCUUGAGUCUGAAAGGGAACAAUAUUUCUGGCUUCAUACCUGAAGGGAUAGGAAAUUGCAAACGUCUAAGCCACUUGUAUUUCAGAGGGAACCGAUUUACUGGUGAUAUCCCUGACACUAUUUCUCAGUUACGUAACUUGAAAAGGAUUGACAUAUCCAACAACAACUUCUCUGGCGAGCUUACUGUUGAUAUGUCUCGGAUUUCAGGCCUGUUAACCUUCUUUGCUGAAAACAAUCGGCUCAAUGGGGCAAUACCGGAUUUUGAUUUCUCCUAUCUUGAGGAAUUCAAUGUUGCAAACAACAACUUCAGUGGUCCAAUUCCUGAUGUCAAAGGCAAGUUUGGGGCAAACAGCUUCUCAGGUAACCCUGAAUUAUGUGGGAAACUAUUAUCAAAAGCCUGCCCACCUUCAAAAAAAGGAUCAAAGCAUUCAUCAGCUGAUCGCUUCCUUAUCUACUCAGGCUAUAUAAUACUUGCCAUGGUUCUGCUGCUGUUGUUUGUUUUAUAUUUAUUUAAGAAAAAUAAGCGUAAAGAAGACACAGUCAAGGUUGUCAAGGAGGAGAAGGUAGCUAAUGUUAGUAAAGAACCAACUAGUGGUUCAAGUGAAUUCAAAACUGGUGGUAAUAGAUCAGAGAAUAGAUCAGAAUAUUCAAUUACAUCCGUUGAAGCUGGAAUGACAUCAUCAUCACUUGUUGUUCUUCCCAGUCCUGUGGGGAAUGGUUUGAAAUUUGAGGACUUGCUUCGAGCUCCAGCUGAGUUGCUUGGUAGAGGAAAGCAUGGAAGUUUAUAUAAGGUCAUGCUCGAUACUGCUACCAUCUUGGUAGUGAAGAGGAUCAGAGACUGGGGUAUUUCGGCAGCAGACUUCAAGAGGAGAAUGCAGAGAAUAGACCAAGUGAAGCAUCCCAGAGUAUUGCCUCCGGUAGCAUUUUAUUGCUCCAAGCAAGAGAAGCUCCUGGUAUAUGAGUAUCAGCAGAAUGGCAGUCUCUUGAAGCUUCUUCAUGGAUCCCAGAAUGGGCAAGUAUUUGACUGGGCCAGCAGGCUCAAUGUUGCAGCUACUAUUGCCGAGUCCUUAGGAUUCAUGCAUGAACAGCUUCAAGAAGAUGGGAUUGCUCACGGGAACCUGAAAUCCACCAACAUUUUACUCAACAAGAACAUGGAGCCCUGCAUUAGCGAAUAUGGUCUUAUUGUGAUUCAAGGCCAAGACCAAUCAUUCCUUUCUCAGUCUGAUAGCUUCAAAAGCGGUGCUUUGGGUAGAGAUGGCGCAUAUAGCACCUUCAAGGUGGAUAUUUAUGGCCUUGGUGUGGUUCUUCUUGAGCUUUUGACAGGGAAACUAGUACAAGACAAUGGGUUUGAUUUGGCAAGCUGGGUGCAUUCGGUGGUUAGAGAAGAAUGGACUGCUGAAGUUUUUGACAGGGCGUUGAUCUCAGAAGGUGCUAGUGAAGAGAGGAUGGUGAACCUGUUGCAGGUAGCAUUGAAGUGCAUAAAUCCGUCACCAAAUGAAAGGCCAAGCGUAAAGCAAAUUUCUGUUAUGAUAAACACGAUAAAAGAGGAUGAAGAGAGAUCCAUAACUUCAGAACCAUGA